AUGCUCGGGUGGGGCGCGCGGGGCGUGCAGGCGGGGCUGCUUGGUGGGUCGGGCCUGGCAGGGCACCCUUGUGUCCUGUGGCUUUUAGAGGCCAUGGCGCCCACAGUGGUGCCCGUGCGGCUUGUCGCGGGUGCUGUCAUGGCGGUGGCCGCCGGGCUCGGCAAGCGGAGGCCUCCACGGGGCGGUGCGCCGCCGGACGGCCUCGGGGCCUCGGGCCCGAAGGCGGGCGCGGACUCGCCGCAGGACAACUACGCGGCAGUGUCGGGGAACGGGGCGGCGGAACCGCAGGGACACGACCAGGAGGACGUCGACGCCUCCUUGGUGCACUCCGCGUUCAUGGAUGCGCUCGGCCACCGGGACGGCGAUAGCCUGGGCCGCCGAUUGGAGGACGGAUGGCCGGUGUUCGUGCAGUUCGACCUCUACCUGGCCUACGAGCUCCGGGACCCGUCGGCGACGUUCUUCAACGCCGGCGCGUUGAAGGCCGUGGCCGCGUUCGAGGUGGCCCUGCGUGGGCUCCCGGAGUGGGACGCUCUGUGCCAGCUGGCGCACGGCGAGUACCGCGCCUUGUGCGAGCCGGGCACGUCCUUCGUCGGCUUCGCCGUGCCAUCGCGGGCGCUCUCCCCGGGCUCCGCGGUGCCGACGGCGCUGGCCACGGACGGCCGCGGCGGCGAGGCGCUGCCGGCGGCGGCGGCCGUGCACCUCGCCGGGCGGCACGGGCUGGCGGAGGUGCUGUUUCCGAUCGGCUACGGGGCCUCCGCCACGCCGGACGAGGGGCCGACCGCCCUGCGGAGCGCCUUCCGGCUCCUGAUCCAGAUCUGCACCACCGCAGACCCCGAGUCCUACCGGGCCGAGCAAAACGACGAGCUCGUGGAGAGAUGGAAGGCGUUCGCCGGCGACGUCCUGAUGCCGUUCAUCCGCGAGUGGUCAGAGGACCAGGACAUCAUCAAGAUCUGGUUCGGCGGCACGGACAUCGAGACCACCGAGGUGACGCGCGCGCUGCGCGGAGACCUGGCGCUCGCGGGCACCUCGCUGCUCGUGGUCCUGCUGUGCAUGGCGGCGCACCUGCGCAGCGCCUUGCUCGCCGUCGGCGGCCUCGCGGCCGUGGGCCUGUCGGUGCCGCUGUCGGGGGCCCGGGCGUCGCCGCCGCCGAGGGCCCCCUGUGGCGGCGCGCGCGAGGUUGCGGCAC